UUUAUUUGCAGCUUCUCAUUGGUCCUCUCGUCUGUCAAUCAAAGAGCCAGACGCGCGCUUUCGUCGCGGGCGCGCGCAGUGACAGCUGUCGUCGGGGGCGCGCGGCGGAGCGGGUGCACAACAGGAGCAAAAACAUCAAAUACCUUUGCUUACGUAUAAUGGCUGCGGGUUCGAGCUCCAUGAGGAUUCUCAUCAAAGGUGGGCGGGUCGUGAACGAUGAUGUCACUCAGGAGGCGGAUGUUUACAUUGAGAACGGGCUCAUCGUGCAGGUGGGGCGGGACCUGAUGAUUCCAGGCGGAGCCAAAGUGAUUGACGCUUCCGGGAAGCUGGUGAUUCCAGGAGGCAUCGACUCCAGCGUUCAUCUACAUCAGACCUUCAUGAACGCAAACACACAGGACGACUUCUACAGCGGCACCAAGGCGGCGCUGCUGGGUGGCUCCACGAUGGUGAUCGCUCACGUUCUGCCCGAGAGAGACGCCUCGCUGCUGGAGGAGUUCGAGAGGAUCCGCGCUCGGGCCGACGCCGAGGCCUGCUGUGAUUACGCUCUGCACGUCAGCGUCUCCUGCUGGGGGCCCAAGGUGCGCAGGGAGAUGGAGGUGCUGGUGGGAGAGAAGUGCGUGAACUCCUUCCAGAUGUUCAUGGCGUAUAAAGACGUUCUGAUGCUGAAGGACUCGGAGCUCUAUCAGGCGAUGCACACCUGUAAAGACAUCGGGUGUGUGUGUGUGUGAGUCCACGUGUGUGAACGGAGAGCUGGUUAUGUUUGUGGUGUGAGAACCUCCUUGGAUCUGGGCAUCAGUGGUGUGUGAGUGAUAGAGAUCAGUCGACCGGAGGAGGUGUUGUGUGUGUGUGUGUGUGUGUGUGUGUGUCUCAUGAUCUGUUCUUCACCGCAGGCUCACUGUCCAGUGUACUUGGUGAAUGUCUCUAGCGUGUCUGCUGCUGAUGUCAUCGCUGCUGCUCGGAUGCAGGGUAAAGUGGUUCACGCCGAGACCACGCUGGCUCAUUCUGCGCUGAGCGGCAUGCAUUACUAUCAUCAGGACUGGGCUCAUGCCGCCGCCCACGUCAUAGCCCCGCCCCUCCGGCUCGACCCCAGCACCCCCGACUCCCUCAUGGGCCUGCUGGGCAAUGACAUCAUCAACGUGGUGGCGUCGGAUCACCGCGCGUUCAACACUAAGCAGAAGGCCAUGGGCAAAGAAGACUUCACCAAGAUCCCUCACGGAGCGUCCGGCGUGGAGGACCGCAUGAGCGUCAUCUGGGAGAGAGGAGUGGUCGCUGGUAAGAUGGAUGAGAAUCGUUUCGUGGCCGUGACGAGCUCAAAUGCGGCGAAGAUCUAUAACCUGUACCCGCGGAAGGGCCGCAUCGUCCCCGGGGCCGACGCUGAUGUGGUGGUGUGGGACCCGGACGCCAGCCGGACGAUCUCGAGGAGCUCUCAGGUUCAGGGAGGAGACUUUAACCUGUACGAGGGUCAGCGCUGCCGCGGCGUCCCGCUGGUGACCGUCAGCCGCGGCCGUCUGGUGUGUGAGAACGGCGUCUUCACCUGCCCUCAGGGCUCCGGACGCUUCUACCCCAUGAGAGCCUUUCCUGACGUCCUCUACAAGAAGAUGGUCCAGAGAGAGAAGACUCAGAAGCUGCGCGGCGUGGAUCGAGCGCCGUACUCGGGAGACGUCGCCGCCGUGACCAACUCCGUCCGGAAGGAGUCGUCCGCUCCGGAGGCCGAUGCUCCCAUGCGGGCGGCCCCCAGACACACGGGCGUUCGGGACCUGCACGAGUCCAGCUUCAGCCUGUCAGGCGCUCAAGUGGACGACCACAUUCCUAAGAGGUCCUCGGCCAGGAUUCUGGCUCCACCUGGAGGGCGUUCCAGUGGCAUCUGGUAACCGUGGAAACCGCAGAACCGUCUCCACGGCGACCCCUUCCCGUCCUCCUGUGUUUGAGAGUAUUAAACAUCGCUGUGAACGAAGACCUGGACCGCAUCCAAAGUGCCAAAAAACCUCUGCUCCGUCAUUAGACUCUCACUGGCUUCCAUAGUGUUUGAAGAGAUUACAAAAUAUGGUCCAGGGACGUUUUGCUAUGUUAUAAAAUCAUAACUGCAAGUUCGAAAAGUUAGAAAACUCAAACUCAAACUCAAAAGACCAGAUCAGAGAACAUUCUAUUCAAGUCUGUGUGAAGUCAGUUCAGAGAAUUGAUGUAAACACAUUAUAAAUGUUAGAAAUGCUUCGCUGAAACAUGUUUCAAAGACUGUGAACUAUAUAAUACUUAAUGGAGAAGUUAUGACGUUUUUUUUACAGUUUUCCGUGAUCAGGAUUUAUUGGGCGGGUCUAAACCGGUGAAAAUAAAAGAGCUUUGAAUCUCGCAGUAUGUCAAACACUGAUUGGUUGAGAGUGUGGGUGGGCGUGGCUUCAGCGCCGUGAGACACGCCCCCAGCGUUCGAGAGCAGAGAGGACGGCUUAUUUUUUACGAUUUUGAUAUCUUGUUUUAUUCACUUCGCAUGUCCUUUAGUAUUCAAACUCAUUUUUCAGUGGCGUGACAAACUCAGAACACACAGUUCACACAGACUUGAACGUCCUCAGAAUGCUUCCUGUGAGCUGGGAUACUAUGGAAGUCAAUGGGUACCGUCAACUGUUUGGCUAAUUCUUUAAAAUGCAUUUGGCAGAAACAAAAAUAGCAUGAGGGAGAAAUUUCAUUUUUAAUUCACUCCUCCAGAUCACUGUUUAUAGUUCACGAAUUUGCCAAAACAGUGCUGUGCUCAUCCCACAUCAGGAGUCUGUUUCUGUGAAUGGGUGCCGUCAGAAUCACAAUAAUAAUAGAUCGUCGUCUAUCUUCUGGACCGGAGCGCUGUGGAUUAUUCUGAUGUUUUUCUGACGGCACCCAUUCACUUCCAUUGCUGAGACACACUUCUGAUGAAGAAACACGCCGGGAUCAGCACAGUCUCAGCUUCCUGUCUGAACAUACUGAUGUGUUUGUGUUUAUAGUGAUGAACAAAGUGUCUGUGAAAUAUCUAUAUUUGACAUAUUCAUAGAGCUGUAUGUUGUUAGUUUUGAUGUGAUGAAGUGUCUAAAGCUUCUCUGGUUCAGGUGUGGUUUAGGUCAGGUGUGUGUUGUUCGUGUGUUUGGCCCCGGGCCCCGGGCUGUUCUUAUUGGUGCUGUUUUUUAAAUCGUCAUUUCUGAUCUGCGUUUAUAUGGUUUAGGUGUUUGGGUUUUUUACUUUUCAGAAAAAGCACUUUGUGAAGCGGUUUAUAAGGUUUGUGUCAGUGUUUGUGAUUUGUUCUUCACAGUCGGAGCUGAAAGUGAAGGCUUGUUUGUUAUUAAUCAGAUGGAUAAGUGCAAAAAUAUAUGAAUAAAUGAUCCCUGAAACAA